AUGACCUCAAGCUUACUUACAAAUGCAAAUAAAACACAGGGAUAUGAAUCAAUAGCGCAAGAACUAGGAAAUCAGGAUGACCAACACAUUUGUAUGCCACCACAAGGCACCAUUAAUGAAUCAGUAAAUACUGAUCUUGACAGAAAUGAGUUUAUAGCCCCUAAUGAUAAUGAUUUCUUUUCUCCAAAUGGCGGCAAUCCCAUGGGAGGCCAGUCAUUAUUAUUUCGAGUAUUUGGAAAGAUGGAUCCACGUGUUAUCAGUGAUUUAAUCAUUGGUCUAAGCGAUGGUUUAACUGUUCCUUUUGCCUUAACCGCAGGUCUUUCUUCAUUAGGUGAUUCUCGUUUAGUAAUUGCUGGUGGGUUUGCAGAAUUGAUCUCUGGUGCAAUUUCUAUGGGACUGGGUGGAUAUCUUGGUGCCAAGAGUGAAGCGGAUUACUACCAUGCUGAGGUAGGCCAUCAAAAAGCCGGGUUCAGAGAGGACCAAACCAGUGUAAAUCAUGAAGUGGAAGAUAUCCUUUUGGAAAUGAAUCCAGAAUUCUCACCAGAAACAAUAGUGUCAUUUGUUCGAGAUCUUAAAGAACACCCAGAGUUGAUGGUUAAUUUUGUUAUCAGAUUUGGAAAGGGACUAGAAGAACCUGCAGAAAAUCGACAACUUAUUAGUGCUCUAACAAUUGGUGGUGGGUAUUUAGCAGGUGGACUUAUACCAUUACUUCCUUACUUUUUUGUUGCACAUGUUGGAACAGGGCUAGUGUAUUCGGUAAUUGUAAUGAUAAUUACUUUGUUUUGGUUUGGAUAUAUCAAAACAGCUCUAGCAAUGGGUGACGAUUGUAGUGUUCAAAAGAAAACCCUGGAAGGAUUACAAAUGAUAGCAGUUGGUGGAACUGCUGCUGGAGCUGCCUGGUAUGCUGUAAAAUUAUUGGCUUAA